AUGCCACUGUUCGGCAAGUCGCAGAAAAGCCCGCAGGAGCUGGUGAAGGCCCUCAAGGAGGCGGUCAACUCGCUGGAGCGCGGCGAUAAAAAGGCGGAAAAGGCACAGGAGGAUGUUAGUAAAAAUUUGGUACUGAUCAAAAACAUGCUUUACGGCACUUCCGACGCCGAACCGCAAACGGAAAUCGUUGUUUCCCAGCUGGCCCACGAGCUGUACAGCACCAAUCUGCUGCUGCUUCUCAUACAGAACCUGAACCGCAUCGACUUCGAGGGUAAAAAGGACGUGGCGCAGAUCUUCAACAAUGUGCUCAGAAGACAGAUUGGUACACGGUCGCCAACGGUGGAAUACAUCUGCACAAAGCCAGAGAUUUUGUUCACUCUUAUGGCUGGAUAUGAGCAUCAGGAGAUCGCACUCAACUGUGGUACGAUGCUGAGGGAGUGUGCCCGUUAUGAGGCGCUCGCCAAAAUAAUGCUACACUCGGACGAGUUUUUCAACUUCUUUCGCUACGUCGAGGUGUCCACGUUCGACAUAGCGUCCGAUGCAUUUUCCACGUUCAAGGAGCUGCUCACCCGCCACAAGAUACUGUGUGCCGAAUUCCUGGAGCAGAACUACGACAAGGUGUUUAACCAUUACGAACAUCUGCUCAACUCGGAAAAUUACGUGACGAGGCGACAGAGCCUUAAGCUGCUCGGUGAGCUGUUGCUCGAUCGACACAACUUCACGGUUAUGACCAGGUACAUCUCCAAUCCGGACAACUUGAAGUUGAUGAUGAACAUGCUCAAGGAAAAAUCGCGCAACAUACAGUUUGAGGCGUUUCACGUAUUCAAGGUGUUUGUCGCGAAUCCAAACAAACCGAAACCGAUCCUGGAUAUUUUGCUGCGCAACCAGGAAAAGCUUGUUGAUUUUCUGACCCGAUUCCACACCGACCGCUCGGAAGACGAGCAAUUCAACGACGAAAAGGCUUACCUGAUCAAACAGAUCAAGGAGCUAAAGCCGGCACCGGAUCAAUAG